GCUUUAGUACGUGCUUGGACAAGGCACGAGCUUGUUUGUACAGUAGAACAUUGAAUUGUUCUUACUUCGAGCUUCUGGACAUUUGAGCACUGCGUGAACAUGGAUUGGUAACGUGGGACCCAUUUACAUCCUGAAUACAGUUUUGGAAUGCCUGCUAGGGUAGUGUUUUGAAAGCAAAAACCAACAAUAUGACUAACAAAGGUGUAGAUGCCACUAGAAUUCUAGAGAAGGGUCCGGAAUACCUUCGGAAACAGAUGGAACUGGAGAGCGAAGAGACGGGACGCAUGAGUGCAGUGGAGAUGCUUGCCGCAAGUAAAAAACAGUAUGUCAAAAGUCAACAGGUGUUCAACUCGAUACAGGAGCCCGUGGUUAGUUUUGGAUCUGCCUCUGUUAGUAGUAACGGAUCGUCUAAUCGGAGCUCCAACAUGAACUGUAGGAACAGUGGGAGGAAUUCGCCUGCGGGUACAAGCAGUGUGCAAGGAGGGCCUUCGCCGCCGGAGGACAAAAAUGCGGUGCAUCGGACGAGCUCCAAAAGAAGAGACUCACUUUUACUGUACCGGCAGAAAUGUGAAUUUGUGAAAGCAUCGACGCGUCAGAAAAAUAAACUGAAUUUGGGACGCAGGUUGUUGCUCGGCUCUCUGGAUAAGGCAAGUUUACUACCUGAGGCAUCAGGUAAGGAAUGUGAGGCAGAGGAAAUGUAUACCAAAUUUACGACACCCGAAGGACUUGCCAAGGAAUGUGAUUCAAAGGCUGGCUAUUCGAAACCCAUACAGCCAGAAACACAAUCUCUAUCUACAGAUAAAGAAUGGACGGACAUAAAAGUGUCCCCAGGUGUGAUGCAGAGACCCACUCACAAAAGAGUAGCGGAAGUUCAGAGGAGGACUCGCAAAGGGGUCGGACGUUCUCACUCUGACAUCAGCUCAAGAUAUUCCAAAAACUUUGCCGACUUUGAUGCCUUCUUCAAAUACUGCGGACUGAAUGGCGAAGUCAUAGAGUCCCUGGGCAAAGAUAACUUUUCCGCAUGUUCGGAUGAACGUGUCAAUAAAAUCCGAAGCGUCAGCAUCUCGACGUCAGAUGGCGGGUUCACACGGAAUAGUGGCGAGGACAGUAACGAAGGAUUACUGGAAGAGGAGAUGCAUGAAACUGUUCGACAGGGGACAUCGGUCAUUGAGCGCAAUGCCAGGAUUAUAAAAUGGCUGUACAGCUGUAAAAAUGCCAAAGAGUCUGGGAAGAAAUUACGAGAUCUAAACUGACAUUUCUGUAUUCAACGCCUACAUAUAGGCUUAUUUAGCAGUGUAGGCCUCUCUAUUAGGUUCUGCCUAUAGGCUGCCUGUUUUAGGCCCAGUCCUACAACAUAACCUUAGCUAUUCCUUACCCACUAAAAUGUUAAACUGCGUCUGCCUCUGAAAUACUACAUGACAUUCCUGGCCUUCGCACAAUGUUUUCUUGGCUAUUGCACAAUAGGUUAUAUGUUUGUGUGUGUGUGUGUGUGUUUUUGUUUUACUAUCCUUGUGCGGAACAGAAGUCCUCACAAGGAUAGUAAAAUAAGGACAAUUCAGAUAAGUGGAGGAAAUGUUGCUUGUUCCCACAAGGAAAAAAUGCAAUUUUAGACAUAGGUGUUUGGGUUACAAUUAGGGUUAGGGAAAACAUGAUUUUGAAUGAGAAUCAAUUGUUUGGUCCCAACAAGGAUAGUAAAAACAAACGUGUGUGUGAUUUCACUGAUCACUACUUCGCUGAUAAAACACGUUUAUUGGUUGUGUGUGAACGCUUAUGUGUUAGUACAAAUGUUACAAGUCCAAAUAGUCAACCAAGACAAUCUGUGAGGUCUAUCUUUGGACUAGGUUUUAUUAUUGCUGUUCUUUUUUAUAGACAUGACCUGUAUUUCUGGUGGAAAUAGACCUUUGUACAGUAUGUGUUCUUAUGUCAAUUAAACCGUUAACCUCUUCCGGAUUACAAUUUCAUGAACAGUUCUAUUGGAAUGCCAAAGCACAUCUAGUUACUGCCACAUUGUAGAAUCAUUAAACAGGUCACUCAAUACUGGGCAUAAAUAUCAUUGUCUGAGCUCGAGGCAAUCGGAACAAAAGUUUCUUGUCUCUCGGGCAGGUAGUCAUGAAGCAGCCAUGAGAGAGUGCACCUGGUCAUUUGAAAAUGUAUUAGGUUAAAGGUCAAUGAUGGAAUGUAACUGAAUAUCUCUUCCUUUUUUUUUCUUGCACAUUCCGUCACUAGCACUCGUCUCAAUUUCCCUCUCUCUCUGUUCUCCCCUCAACCCUACCUUCUUCACUCCCUGUAAUUACAGCUCACAGGCAGUAACAUGACAGGAAGAAAAGUGAGGGGGAGAGAGAGAACACAGAAUCACACACUCCUGUGUGUAUAUGGAUUAUACAUUCUUUAUACACAUGUCCAUCUGUUAGCACACACAUCCCACUGGGCACAAGCUGGUUGAAUCAACGUUGUUUCAAUGUAAUUUGUCAAUGUAUUGUGAUGUGGAAUCCAUGUGGAAAAUACAUUUGAUUUGAAAAAAGUAAUCCACGUUAACUGUUUGUUUUGAGGGUGAAAUUUCAACCACAGAAUUAUGUCAUCAUGGUAACCAAUUUUUAACAUAGACAAACCUUGUAUUAAAUAUGUUGAAGGUGUACAUUUGAAACAACAUCAGAUCUUCAACAUUAUAUCCACUAUCAAAAAACUAAACAAUAGGUUGAGCAGUACCUCCUACUGGAGAUUUGAGCUAUCUACAUCUAUCCAUUAUGUCCCCCCUCCAGGGUUUUAACCAAGCCCUGCCCCACUUAUCUUUGAUAUUUGUCACCCACUACUACCAAUGUGCUAUCGUGAGAAUGAUUAUUGAGAGAUCUCUUAAUAAGUGGGCGACAGGUAGCCUAUCGGUUAAGAACGUUGGGCCAGAAACUGAAAGGUUGCUGGUUCCAAUACACCAGGUGAAAACUGUCAAUGUGCCCUUAAGCAAGGCACUUAACCCUAACUGCUCUGAUAAGUUACUUAGUCUGUUAAAGGACUAAAAUGUAAAUGUAGUGACUAGAUUCACUGUAGCUAUCAAAGUCAUUCUAAAGGGAAGGCUUAACAGAGCAAAUGAAGUGUAAGCAGACUUUACAAAUCAUCCAGUAUAUCAUCAAUGAUACUAUUUAGGCCUAUAUACUGUAGCAUUUGCAAAGUCAUCACCAGCUCUUGUUUUAAAUUUAACCCCAGGGUUCAACUAAAAAGAAACAAUACAUAUACAGUGCAUUUGGAAAGUAUUCAGACCCCUUGACUUUUCCCACAUUUUUGUUACGUUACAGCCUUAUUCUAAAAUGGAUUCAAUUGGGUUUUUUCCUCAUCAAUCUACACACACAUAAUGACCAAGCAAAAACAGGGUUAGACAUUUUAGCAAAUUUAUAACAAAUGAAAAAUAACACAUUUACAUAUCACAUUUACCCUUUUCUUUGUACUUUGUUGAAACACCCAAGAUCUCUGGCUGGGCCACUCAAGGACAUUCAGAGACUUGUCACUCCUGCGUUGUCAAACGGGCUGUCAUGUGCCUUUUACUGAGGAGUGGCUUCCGUCAGACCACUCCACCAUAAAGGCCGGACUGGUAGAGUGCUGCAGAGAUGGUUGUCCUUCUCGAAGGUCCUCCCAUCUCCACAGAGGAACUCUGGAGCUCUGUCAGAGUGACCAUCGGGUUCUUGCUCACCUUAUUGACCAAGGCUCUUCUGCCCUGAUUGCUCAGUUUGGCCAGGCUGCCAACUCUAGAAAGAGUCUUGGUGGUUCCAAACGUCCUCCACUUAAGAAUGAUGAAGGCCACUGUGUUCUUGGGGACCUUCAAUGCUGCAGAAAUGUUUUGGUACCCUUCCCCAUAUCUGUGCAUUGACUAAAUCCUGUCUCGGAACUCUACAGACAAUUCCUUCGACCUCAUGGCUUGGUAUUUGCUCUGAUAUGCACUGUCAACUGUGGGACCUUAUAUAGAAAGGUGUGUGCCUUUCCAAAUCAUGUCCAAUCAAUUGAAUUUACCACAGGUGGACUCCAAUCAGGUUGUAGAAACAUCUCAAGGAUGAUCAAUGGAAACAGGAUGCACCUGAGCUCAAUUUCCAGUCUCAUAGCAAACCGUCUGAAUACUGAUGUAAAUAAAGUAUUUCUGGGGGUUUUCUUGUAAUAAAUUUGCUAACAUUUC